AUGCACCACCAGCACUGGCUGGGCUGGCACCUGAUGCCCCUCACUCUACCUGUGGUGAAUGCUGCCAGCCCAGAUGAGCCAGACGUAGGCGGCCCUCCAUCCUCUCCAGCCGUAGUUCGUGCAUCAUUGUUACAGCUGGGGACCCAGAGCGUGGAUGGGGUUGGCGGGGACCUGGCACGCGGCUGUGUAGUACCUGGAGUCAGCAGCACCUACCGACGGAUCCCGGACGCUGUUCAGGGUUGCUCCCUGGACUCCUGGAAAGGGGAUGGCCAGCUGAGAGGCCUCAGGAGGCAGGAGCCACUUCUCAAACUGGCUUCCUGGGACUCAGGAGUGGAGAUGGUGGUUGAAGACAGCUCCCUGGCCACCUCACCAGGCCUUACUCAGGACUCUCUGGACUUUGAGCCUACAGGGAUCCCUGAGCCCCUUGGCCUUGCUGCCACAGAGCCUCCUGCCCACCUAGGCCGGCUCCUGGCCAAUCGUAAGCUAGAGCAGGUGCUGAAGCGGUCUCGCCAGCUCCCGACCUCCCCUGUUAGCAUGUCACAACACCCCUAUUCCCUGAAGCCACCAAUCAAGCCUGAAUGUGAAAUGCCCCUUUUUGGAGCAGGGGAACAGGAGGCCACUGAGGCAGAAACUGACCUAGAGGCAGGCCUGGAAGGAGCAGAGAUGGUGGGGGGCCUGGGGCCUGAGGCCUGGGCCUGUCUCCCAGGGCAGGGGCUCCGCUAUCUGGAACACCUGUGCCUGGUGCUGGAGCAAAUGGCAAGGCUCCAGCAGCUCUACUUGCAGCUGCAGACCCAGAGGCCCCCAUGGGUGAGUGAGCCACAGGAUCCUGAAGUGGAGGAGGGGCAGCACCAGCCACCAGCCCUGGCCCCUUCACCUCCACCUUCUUGUGCCCCAGGCAGUGAGGUGCAGGAACUGCUCAGCCAGACUCAGGAAAUAGGGGCCAAAACAGCUUCACCCCUAGAGGUAGGGGUUCCCAGUGCCAACACUCCCAGGCUUUUAGAGGCUUCAGCAGAGCCAGUUCAUAUCUUCCCAUCCUCCCAGGGACACAAGGUCAAGGUCCUGCUCAACCGGAUCCGUUGGAAGAGCUCGAAACACUCUGAGUCCCCUGCCCCUCCUGAUGGCCCUGCCCCAAGGAUAGAGUCAAGGGGCAUCCGUGAAAGACCUCCAUGCCAGCCCCUCCGGAAAACCUUUAUGCCAUCAUUUGUGGUUAAGAAGCAACGAGCCAAAAACCUUUCUGUAUGCUGAGACCUCCUGGUGCAGAGACAUGACGCUGGGUGGAGGGGUGUGCAGUGAAGUCAUCUUCCUCGCCCUUUGCCCUGUUAACUGUUUAUGGGCACUGCCAGGAAAAGCUGCUGAUGCUCACCCUUCUUUCUGAGGAGAAGGCUGGACCUUUCUCCUUUGGGCAGCCUGGCAGAGGAGCCCUGGUCCCCUGAGGGCCCCAGGGUGCAGCAGCCCCCGGGCGCCUUGCUGGUUGCCAGGAAUCCCUGGGCCUAGACAAUGUGAACUAACUAACUUAUUUACCAGGAGUCAUGAAGCAUGGUAAAUGGGGGCCUAGCGUGUCGCAGAUGUGCAUUUAUACAAAAUGAUACGUGUGUCUCUGCAAGUCUAUCACUGUUGUGAACUGGCUGGAUGCAACCAUGUCUUCUGAAUCAUGCAUUCAAAGGGUUGGUCUAGGUGAGGUAAAGGAUGGAACUGACCUUCAUUCCUCAGUGGGCAGUUCCUGAUUUGGAAUCUUGCUUUCCUCCUAAUACCUUCGUGGGCAGCCCCAGGGCAGAGAAGGGUGCUCUGUUGGGUUCCUCUGCAUUGAGUCUUGCCUGUGGAGCAGAGUCCCUGAAGACUGAACCUGAAAUAGAAAGGUCAGGGACAACAUGGAGAAUAGCAGAGUGAACUUCAAAGUCUGUCUGAGCUGCUUUGGUCCCUAAUAUCCUUAAUACAUCAGAGCUGAAACCAGAGACUCAUACUAGCUUUUAGACCUUGACAAAAUCCCUUAAUUUUUGUGAGCCGUAGCUUCCUACUUAAUCUCCCAAAUGGUCUAAUGAUAUCUGCCCUACCUACCUACCUCACAUUCUUACUAUGAAGAUAAAACGAGAUGAAACUGUC